AGUCAAUCUUCGCAUUCUGAACAACAAAAACCUUGAUUCUCUGCAUAUCUGAAAACUACAAUUGAAGGCCAUUGACCCUACCACAAGAAUACAUCCACCAAACGCCCAUCAACAGCAUCAACAGCAACAACAACAAAAAGCAACAUCCUCCCAAAAUGGACUUCCUAGUCGGCUCCUUCAACCAACCAAGUCUCUACCUCCUCUCCUUCGACCCAUCAACCUCAACCCUAAAACUCAUCAAAGAACACCCCGCAAUCGGCGGCCACUCCUGGCUUUCCCUCUCCAAAGACAAACAACACCUCUACUGCACAGCCUGGACCUCCCCCAAACCCUCCUGCGCAGCCUACAAAAUUCUCAACGGAGGCCGCAACAUCCAAUACCUCAACGCCAAACACGUCAAAGCCAUUCCCGGCUACGUCUGCAACAAUUCCACCCACGUCUUCUCAGUCUCCGGUCCCAGUGGCGAAGUCUUCCGUAAAGAAGCCGAUGGCUCUCUCGGGAAUUUAGUCCAAGAACUCGAUUUCGUCACAAACCAGGGCUCAAAUCAAUCUGAAGCGCGAGGGGAAGUCGCGCAUGGAGAUUUUGGUGGUUUGAGGCAUGGAGCGCACAGUGUCGAUCUUUCACCUGAUGGGAAGGCGUUGUAUAUUGCGGAUAUUGGGAGGAAUUGUAUUUGGACGUAUAAAAUCACUCAUGAGAGAAGAGGAACGGAUGAUCCACCAUUGGAAUUUGGGACGAAGCAUAUCUCGCCUCGGGAACAUGAUGGGCCGAGACAUACUUGGCCACAUCCGAAUGGGAAGAUCCUCUACUCCCUUCAGGAGCACAGUAGCAUGGUUGAUGUGUUUUCCAUUGCGGAGGAUGGAGUGACUUUGAAGCACAUUCAAGGUUGUUCAGUGUUGCCCGAAGGCAAGGAUUGCAAGAAUUAUUGGGCAGACGAGGUCCGUUUCUCAACUGGACCAGAUGCUUCGAAGCCGAAACACUUGUUUGCAUCGAAUCGUGGACUGGAGAAGGGUACGAAUGGGUAUGUGGCGGCGUACAGCCUCAAAGAGGAUGGAACGCUCGCCGGCGAGACAGCAAUCGAUAUUUGGGAGACGCCGACGAGUGGCGGAAUUGCGAAUGCCAUCGAGCCGGCACCGUGGAGCCAGGCUCACGGCGAGAACGAGUAUCUUGCCCUCUGUGACAGUGAAGAGGGCUGGGUCUCUGUCCUCAGAUUUGACGGGAAGAAGAUUUCCGAGGUGGCAAAGGUCAACCUGGGCAAAACUGAAGAUGGAAAGGUCGUGGGAGCUGCCACACCUGUAUGGCUAUAG